CGUUAAAACACAACGCUAUUUUCGGAAAACUAUCCGAUAAAAUGCUUCUACAUAAAAUAUACUGAUUUACUUGAUUGUUGAAAAGCCUAUAGACCGUUUUCUGAAAAUUUUGAAACGGGUUUGGGCACAACGAAUGUAUUCACUGAGACAUUUAAUCAGAGAAAUGUUUUAUAUAUUUUCUAUAAUUGCGUAUGUGUUGGCCUACAAAAGUUCAUGUUUUAAAUAAUCAAAAGUACUUCUUGAUUUGGAUUUUUAUAAUUAAACGCAUCAGAAUAAAUCGGUCAAGCAUCAUAAUUAUGCCAUGUUGCUGUUGUGUUUGUUGAAACAACGCCGCGGCAGCGAGUAUUUGUGGGUGUGACUAAUCAGUGAUGUAGAACUGUCUGUUAUAAACCCUGAACUAUAAAUAGCAUGCAGUGUUAACCUUGCAGAGAGAAUGUAAACAGAAACAGCUGAUUUUACACAGGAGAGGUUUAAUGGAUGUUUUAUAUAACUCAAAGAUUAAUUAAAGACAUUAUCAAGUCAUCUUGUCCAGAUAUUAUUUUUGAAGUCAGUUGUUUUUCUUUUUUUUCACUGGAAUGCUGUAUGUGUCCUUCAUCAAGUCAAAAUCCAAAAGAUGUGCCUAAUACAUGGGGCAUUUCUUAUAGGAACAACCUGCUAAAAGUGUUCUUGACAGGAAUUUAAAAUAUUUUUAAACUGUUAAUGUAUAAAAAUUUUAUGCAUAUGCAACAUUUAGUUUGAUUAACAUUUGUGAAAUGUAAUUUUUGACUGCAAGAUAUUUACAACAAAAUAUAGUGUAAAUGAAAUAUACCUGGAAGUUACUUUUACUGUUUUAAUGAAGUUUAAACCAUUUAAAUACAAGUUGAAUCAGUACUUUGAAAUUAAAAAAAAAUCAUAGAUUUAUGGAUUAUUGUAAAUUUGUUGGAUAUAAAUACUUUUUGAUAAAGCAAGAUCAGUAAAAGUUAUUGUUUUUUCUUAUCAUGUAUUCAGCAUUCCAAUGUGUCGUCUGCUGAAAAUCUCCCUCCCUGAAAUAUAUAUCGUCUGCUACAAAUCUCUCUCACUGAAAUAAACACUGCCACGUGCUUCUGUUUACUACUGAAGGUUCAUGACCUGUAAUGAUCAGUUGGCUCCUCCCAGGGAAAUUCAAAUUUCAAAUUUGACAGCCAGUAUUUUUUUCCAGAAACACACUUAACAAAGUUAUAUUUUGAAUAAUUUUGGUCAAUCUAUAUCAAGAAUAUCAAUGCCUACAUACAUGCCAAGUGUUGUUUAAAUGCAUUUGGUAAUUAAUCUUAAAUCUUUGAAAAAGGGUCCCUGAAGUGAAGCAUGCAUAAAAUUAAUAAGAAACCUGCCCUAGCGCCAUCUGCUGGCUUUUAUAGUCCAGUUGGGCCUUUAAGCACCUGAUUACGAAAAUUAAUAGUUUUGAUAGCUCUACUAUAGUUUCAUUUAUGACGUCAAGAAAAGAUUUUCUGCUUGGUUCGCAUGAAAUGAAUUCUACAAAAAGGUCAGAAGAGUUGAAAUGCAAGGAAACGGAUGAAGGCCGGGGUUGUCGUAUGCCGAGACCUCCACGGGGCAACUUAUGUAUUAUUGACGACAAGGUUGACAUAUCUAAGAGAUAUAAACAACAAACAACUUCACCACAAGGACAAAGAGAGCCUGUUAAACCUAUUCGUGCGUUCGAUGAUAAACUGAUGUCACCUACCAACCCUCCUCCGCUUAUGAACAUCGAUCCUCGGUGUGUCAACAGAAUCCCGCGUGCCCAAAGGUACAAUAAAGGCGAUACUCAACCAACAAGAAGGGGUAGACAUUCAUCUGCUCAAAGACCUUCUAGUAACCAUGCAUUGAACCGAGACAUAUUUCGUUCGGCUGAAAGAGACGCAAACUGUAACCGAGGGCACAGACAAAACGUACGUGAUCAAGGCAAUGCUUUUCAAAAUAGAGAUAUCAGUGAUAUUGGAGAAAAUAAAACACCAACAGCCGAGGUUGUUUUCUCUUAUAUGGUAAAGAACAUGGAAGGAAAAGGUACCACGGAAGACAUACGAAAUAAGUCUAGAUUGUUUCCACCUGAAGUUGAUAUAAGCGAUUGGUUCCGAAGAAACAAGAGCCGGUUCACACUUAUUGAAAGGGAUGAUGAACUAACAUAUAUUUUUGUAUACGAUAAACGUGUUACAUGGUGUAUUGAUUACUCUAAAAAGGAAUCAUGCAAGAAGACAAAUUGCAACAGAUAUCACAUAUGUAAAAAUGUCUGUGCUGGAAAAUGCAUUUUUGGCAGACGGUGCAACUUCUCACACGAUUGCUUCGAUGAGCAUAAUAGUAAAAUUUCAAAUGAUUUAGGCUUCAGUGAUACAUUAACCAGUGAUGAGAUAUGUAUCAUUCUAAGACUAAGUUUUCCACAUGUUUGCUCUGCGUGGUCAUUUAAGGGCACCUGUACGGACUCUUAUUGCCCCGACCUACACAUAUGCCCAGGAUACAUUCUUGGUAAAUGCCAAGACGGACCAACUUGUUCUAAUAUUCAUGACAGGAAAACAGAACAUAAUAGAGCCAUUCUUGAAGCGUUUGACAUGACCGGCAUGAUUUAUCGCGUAUUUAGAUGGCGUGUCUUCAUGUUACACAAUCCAGCUUACAUGCGAAAUGAGCGGAUGACUUCUGGUGAAGCUGCCUCACAACGACAAAGUAUCGACAGUUUGAUACAUGAGGAGACCGAUGAAGCCGAGGAAGCGUUUAUAUGCGUCGAUUAUAUUUUCGGGGAAUGCCGUGACCGCCGCUGCAGAUGUAUCCAUAGUAAAAACAAACUGCCGUAUAUUUGGCAAAUACAUGUAUUUGGUGCUUGGAUUUCUCUGAACGAGUGUGAACAAAUUGAGGAAGCAUAUGCUGAUCAUGCAGUGAAAUCUAACAACAUUAAAAUGCCUUAUAAUGGAUCGGACCUCUCUGUUCAGGUAUAUUUUAUACCAGUUAUCAAAGCGGACGUGAUCAUAAAUGGUUCCGGCGAAAGUCUGGUAGAGACAAAAGCCCGACGUCUGUCAACCAUGUCUUACAUAAACGCCGAGUCAUCAUCGCGUGACGCAGAGUCAUCAUCUCGUGGAAAUGAAGAAGUGAAUACUAACAAGUUCUACACACAAUGGAGAUGGUAUUGGAGGGAUGAUUACAGACAAUGGAAUCUAUUUCAACCUGACGUUUUUCAGUACACAUUAGAGGCAAAGUAUUUGGCAAGGCAAAGGUUGUACAGUUUUUCAAGAGAAAAUUUUGCUUUUAAUCACACAAUUUUAUUCAACGAAAUGGUUCAAUUGAACAAUGACACACGAAAAGUAAGACUCAUCAUGCGGCGACCCGUUCUUUUGUCUCUCGAAGAAGUAAGAAGGAAGAUUUUUCCGCUGUCACUGUCAGCCGUCACUUUGAUAAAGACACCAUUACCAGAAUCAUGGAUGCCAUGGGAUUUAGUUCAGCCUUUUGAACUAGUUCAUAUAACCGGUAACAGUUCAAACGAGGUGGAGGAAAUUGAAAGACUUUUCUUCGAAACGAUUGACAGAAGUAAAGAACGAAUAGACAGUAUUUGCCGAGUACAAAAUCAUAAACUGUGGGAAUUAUUCUGCAGUGAAGAGAGCACCAUGAAGGAUAAGGCAAGAAGAUUAAGAUAUAAACACAACAGUAUUAACAAGAAGUUCUUAUUUCAUGGGACUGACAAUAUAGACGCUGUGCGUGGAAUUUGCGUAAACAAUUUCGAUAUUCGCGUGUCAGGAAAGUUUGGCACAAGUUACGGUGAUGGGGCAUACUUUGCAAGGGACGCCAAAUACAGCCAUUGUUACACUCAAGGUCCAGUGAGGUACAUGUUUGUUGUCAAUGUUUUACUUGGACAAUCUGCUAAGGGAGAUAAAUCUUACAGAAGACCGCCUGAGAUACCAGGAAGAAUUUACGAGCUGUAUGAUUCUUGUGUUAAUGACAUUGAAGAUCCGAGUAUAUUUGUUUUGUUUGACAAAAAUCUUUACUACCCUCAAUACCUGAUACAGUAUCAUGACAUAUAGAAACCAUCAGUCAAGAAAAAACAACAGUUUCUCAAUCAACAUUAUAUUCCAGCUUCUAGCUGAUUUCGAAGGCAUUUAUGUUAGAAUGAAUUUAGGUAAACGUAACAAGCAGGAUUGAAUGUUCAAUGAACCUUUCAUACUGGUUUUGUAAGACUGUAUGCUCGAAGGAUCUAAUCUUUUGAAGUUAAGUGUAAUACUAUUUUAUUGCAUAUAUAAAUAUACAUCAAUAUUUUUACAUCAACAUAAUUACACAAUAUACAAAAGGGUUGCGCCAAAAGAUUUGCAACAUUAUCGUGGACGCUUCCUUGAAUAUUAAUUAAUGAACGAUGAGUUGGAAUAUACCGCGUCGAACUGAGCACCGGUUAAGCUACGGCCAGUAAUCGUGUAAGGGAAGAUCACUGCGUGGGAGAUUGAUAGUGGCUAUAUAAGUUUUUUAAAAGUUCAUUUCUUCAGCGACAAAAAGAUGUUGCUUUAAAAUGUUUCUUGCAGAGUGUUACAUCAUGUUUGAAUGUAUAAUUGCAUGGAUACACUCCACUUGUUUUGUUGUUCUUUUUGAAAAUGUAAUCAUUCUGUAGCCCGGGGUUCUAUGAUAUCAUGGUACUUAAUGUUUAUCAGAAAAAAAAUCAAAAAUGAAAAUCAUACAGGACUAUUUAAUAAGUGAUCCUUUUCCAAGACUGUUUGUCAAAAAUUUAUUUCCAAAGAUCCAAUUAGAAUGUAAUUCUUUAAACUAUUUCAAUUGUUUGCCAUUUUGUAUCACGGUUGAAGCCGAAAAUCGAGUUUGAAAUCUUCAAAUUAAGUUGUGAUAUUUUAACUUCCUGUAAAAUUGAAAACUAUAGGAACAGCCAUAUGUGAUAUUAACAUAUUUGUAUUGACUAUGUAUGGAAAUAGUAGUCGAAUAUGGAUAUUUUAUAAAAUAGUUUUCUUUUCCACGAAUAUACCCAUCAUUUAUAAAUAAGAAGUAUUGACAGAUGCUAUGCAAUCAAGUGUGGCAGUUUUAAAAAAGUAGCAUAAAACAUGCGUUGCUUUUACUAACAGAAAAUGUAAAUACCGUGAUAUCAUAGGAACUGAGUAUACUUAAUGAUGAAGUUUUAUGUUUUAUAAUGCCAAUAAAAUUUAGAAGUUUUAAAUUUUCGAAAUACAUCAUAACAUUUGAUGUUUUCAGUUUUCACGCGUAUAAGUAUAUAAUUUAUCGUAGUUGUGUCCACAUCUUUUUCUGUGGUCACAAGUACAGCCGUGUAAUUGGUCUCAGUUAUUAUAUUGAUUGUCUUACAUGGGAAAGUACUGUAUAUAAAACGACAGCAGCAAGCUUAAGUAUCAUAAAACUUAUCCCUGAAUGUGUAAAAAUAAGUUAUUGCAAAGUUAUUAGAGAAUUGAAUGCAUUAGUUUCCGUAUAUUGACAGGAUUUAAAUGUCUUAGCUUUCUAUUUAUGACGAUUGUCCUAUAGAAUGUUAGUUUUUUUUACUUCUGACAUUGUGUUCUUGAUGCUUUUUAUUCUGAUAUAAAUUAUAAUAUGACUUUAAAUGUUUUUGAAUUUAGAUAUUGUUUUUUUUUACUUUUAUUAUUGAUGAAUAGUAUGUGCUACUUACUUAAAGGGACCCCAAUGAGGGUUGUUUUGUCAUGCGACAUAAUGGGACUGAAAAUACUCUUUGAUGUACCAAUAACUUGUUUGUUAAAGAUCCUGUAACUCCUGAUCAUUUAUCAAUAUUGUAAUUAAGUUCCAAAAAGCAUUUAUUUGUAAUUAAAAGAUAUUACCGAAUUCAUAUUUUUAUGUUAAUAAAGGGAGGUGAUUAGAAAUUUAUUUUCUAUAAAGUCUAUGUCAAAUUUUUCAAUAAGAAAUGAAUGCAUAUAUUUUAAUGAUUACAUAUAAUGUGGUACAUAUUUUACAUAUCCUUCGAAGUUUAAAAAUUGUUUUAGAAGCAUAAUUAUAUACAUAUAUGAAAUUUCACUUAAGUGUGGUUACAACCUUAAUUACAACAUACAGAAUCUUUAAAUUUUAGAUCAUUUGCUGUUUUUGUUUUAUAGAUAUCACUACAGUAUUAUCAUUUUAUUGUGCAAAAAUUGCAUUUAUACGCUUUUACCCAAAACGGUCACUAAAUAUCGAUAUUAAAUCUUAUUUUGAGUAUGUUUA